AUGUUGACUCGCUCUCCCGUGCCUGCAAGGUCCCCCAGUGCCUCACCCAGCUCCUUUCACAGUAGUUUCCACUAUGCGCCCGCCUCCCCACAACGUUCGCCAAAGGUGCCGACUGCUAUUUCGCGGCGGCCAUCGACAACAUCGCCAUUGGGCGCCAAUAUGACCUCGCCGUCAUUGUCGUCAAAGCCGCAGUCGAAGCCCCCGCCGAAGUCGCAAGUGCCGCCCGAGCGCAUCGUCAAGUACGUCGGCGUCGAUGCCGCCACACAGUACUCCCCCAUGGAGUCACACGAUUACUUCGCGCCGCGCAAAGCUCCUGUUCGAUGCUCGCCGUUGAGGGACACUCCUUCUGUGCCCGGUGCCCACCCACCGCGAGUCCAGGCCGAGCAGGCGUCCCAAGGCGAUACCGCCUCUACGGUGCCUACCGAACCGGCGUCGACUACCGUCGACUCCCAGUCUGAAGCUACUGCAGAUACUCUCCUGGAUGAUGAGCCGCCAAUGUUGAAGGCACCGCACCCCCUGUCGCCGGUCAAGCGACGCAACUCUCAAGGACCCGGCGCAUCGAUGGGGGAGUCAUCGGUCGCUGGGCAGCGAGCCUUGCCCAAGCGCGUCAAGCCUGACACGGCACCUCCCAAGGUCCUACCCGUGCGGUACGAGCUGUGUGCGAUUGAGGAUAUCGUGGUCCUCAUAGCGAACAUGCUGUCAGAGCUCAUAGAGACUAAUGACGCCCUGGCCAUGAGGUCGGGGCACCUCACACGGUUCCACAGCCGGACAGCGCCAGGGAUAUCUGUUCUUGACUAUUUGCACCGUCUUGCUAAGCACGCGACGCUGCCUCCACCCUUACUUCUCUCCAUGGUCUACUAUAUAGAUCGAUUGUGUGCACUAUACCCGGACUUCACGAUCAAUACAUUGACAGUUCACCGUUUCCUCAUCACUGCGGCCACGGUAGCGGCGAAAGGGCUAUCUGAUUCAUUCUGGAAUAAUUCGACGUACGCGAGGGUGGGAGGCGUGAGGGUAGCCGAGCUGAAACUGCUAGAGCUAGAAUUCUUGCACAGGGUGGACUGGAAGAUCGUGCCAGACCCGGAGGUCCUCGUUGCCUACUACAGGGGGUUGGUGCAGAGGUCGCCGGCUUAUGUGCUCGAGGACGAGAUGGACCAGGACGAUGAGGACGGGUCAACAGAAAUAUCUGACGAGGCGGAUGACGAUCCCAAUCCACCUGCUCGCGCGGCCUCCGUUGUCGUCGCCGAGGCCAGAACGGCAAACGUCUACAUCCAGCCCCUUCGCUCGAGCUCGGCCCCGGUCCUUCUCGCUGGCCUCACCUACGAUAGCAGUGCGCCGAAUACUGCCAGCAGCGCGUCUGUGGCAUCCUACGAAGCCCCUGAUCUGCCAGAGUCCACCGAGCUCGUUCGGGUCGGCAUAUACGACACCAACCAGAAAAGAUGGGCGGGCUCGACCAGCGUGGCGAGCGUCGAGAACUUCGCGAAGGGUUACUCUCCCCAUUUCGUGCUCUCGGUUGACGGCACCUCGGGCGAGGAGGUUGUGCUGGGGGCAAGCCCGAUCGUGCUGAGUCCUGAAGGGAAGAAGGUCGAGAAGGAGGAGAAGACCUUCCUGCAGAAGUUCGUGCCACCUUCCUGCUGCCCCUUUCUGAACGCCCCAUGUGUGGCGAUGGCGCUGCAUUCGAGCCAUCAAGCUAACUAUAUGGCCAAGAUACUGGUGGAUGAUCGGCAUUGCUAUCAUGCUGGCCAUGGGCGGCGGCGGCGGCGAGGGCAAAUAGAUAUGAGAAUGGCUGAACACAAUUUCGGCGACACGAUGCACAGCUACUCUCCUGGUGUGGCGGACGAAGUGAUCUGGCUUCUUGCGGUUCCCACCGUGCCCCGCUACUACGAGACCCCCCACUGA